AUGGUAACAUUGAGCAAAAAAGACACAAGGAAGCUUUCAGCUGGGAAAGGCAAGGCUAAAGAACUGGCCACCAAAUCUAUAACAGAAAAAAAAAUAGGGGAGGAAAUCGAAGACGAAGACAGCAGUGAAGAUGAAGAUGAUUAUGGAGUUAGCGAAGAGGGUAUCAAGAGACUGAUGGAGUUGGUCGACGAGGAAGAUUUGGACGAAUUCGAAAAGGCUCUGCUAGGAGGAGGAGAUGAUGAAGAUGAGGAAGACGGAGAAGAUGAAGAAGAAGACGAAGAUGAGGACGAUGAUGAGGAGAUGAUCUCUGGUGAAGAAGCAUUAUCGGAUGAGGAGAGCGAGGAAGAAGACGGAGAAGAAGAUGGCGAGGUUGACAACACAAUAAUCAACGAGAAGGCUGACGAAGAUGCUAUCUCACUUGAUGGUUUAAACUCCGAUGUUUCGGUUGAUGAAGAUGCUGUCCCUAUGCGAAAGGUCACGAUCAAUAACAAGCCUGCCAUGCGGACGGUCAUCGAUACUAUUAAAGUCACCAGUCUGCCAUGGCCCGAACAUCUGGUGUUGAACAGCAAAGAGAUUGUAGAUGUUGACCCAAGUGAUGAUUUACAAAGAGAGAUGGCAUUCUAUAAGAUAGCCCUUGACUGUAUACCUCAAGCGAAGAAAUUCGCUGCCAAGCACGAUAUACCGUUCUCUCGACCUGCAGACUACUAUGCUGAAAUGGUGAAAUCCGAUGAACACAUGGAGAGAGUUAGGUCGAAACUUGUUGAAGAAUCCCAAGGAAUCAAGAAAUCCGAAGCAGCCAAGAAACAACGAGAACUCAAGAAAUUUGGAAAACAAAUCCAACACGAGAAGCUCAAGCAAAGGGAGCAAGACAAAAAGCAAUUCCAAGACAGAGUCUCAGGUCUCAAGAGAAAACGACAGGAAGGUAUGGAACUUGGGGAGAAUGGGGACGACGAUCAAUUUGGUAUUGCCGUUGAUGAUGCUAUCGAGGGCAAAUCAGAGCGUGCUUCCGGCGGUAGAGGUGGACGAGGAGGACGAGGUGGAGAAAAGGGAAAGAUGCCUCGACAUGUUCGAGAUUCUAAAUAUUCUCUUGGUGGAUCAUCUCGAAGGGAUAAACAAAAUACCAGAGAAAGUACGAAUGACUUUUCCUACGGUGGUGGUAAGCCUGGUAGGGGCGGAAGAGGCGGACGAGGUGGUAGUGCAGGAAGAGGUGGUGGUGGUGGACGAGGUGGCGGUGGCGGUAGAGGUGGGGGUGGUGGUGGUGGUAGCGGGGGAAGACCUGGGAAAUCCAGAAGAAUGGCAGGAAGGGUGUAA